AUGGCCAAGACGUACAAGAAGUUCGCGCACGUCGGCGCCGUCGCCCCUCCCGAUGUCGUGCGCGCCGCAGAGGCCGCCGGCCAGACCGGCACCGUGGCCGCCAACCCAGAGCAGUACGACCAGGCCUACAUCUGCCCCGUCACCAUCGGCAGCCAGACGCUGCACCUCGACUUCGACACCGGCAGCUCCGAUCUCUGGGUCUUCUCCAACCUCAUGCCAUCCAGUGAGGUCGACGGCCAGACCGAAUUCAACACCAACAGCGCCGGCGCAACGAAGAAGGACGGCUACACCUGGUCCAUCUCCUACGGCGACGGCUCUGGUGCCAGCGGUGUCGUCUACGCUGAUACCGUCAACGUCGGUGGUGCCACUGCCACUUCUCAAGCCGUGGAGGCCGCGACGUCCGUCUCCUCCGAGUUCACGUCAGAUACCGGCAGCGAUGGUCUGCUUGGUCUGGCAUUCAGCAGCAUCAACCAGGUCAAGCCUACGCCGCAAACGACCUUCUUCGACACCGUCAAGUCUUCCCUCGAGGCUGAACUCUUCACCGCCGACCUGCAGAGCAACGGCCCGGGCAGCUACACUUUCGGCUACAUCGACAGCUCCAAGUACACCGGCUCCAUCACCUACACCGCCGUCGACAACUCCCAAGGCUUCUGGGGCUUCACCGCAGGCGGCUACACCGUCGGCGGCGGCGGCAGCAACUCGACCGGCACCAUCGGCUCCGCAAUCGCCGACACCGGCACUUCCCUCAUGUACCUGCCCACCGCCGCCGUGCAGUCCUACUACUCGCAAGUCUCCGGCUCGAGCUACAGCAGCUCGCAGGGCGGGUACAUCUUCCCCUGCUCCGCCAGCCUGCCCAGCCUGACCGUCUCCAUUGGCGGGCACGGCUUUGUCGUCCCGGGCUCCAACUUCAACUACUCCCCCACCGGCUCUGGGAAUACCUGCUUCGGCGGCCUGCAGGAGAACACGGGCAUCGGCUUCACCAUCUUUGGUGAUGUCUUCCUCCGAGCCGUCUACGCCAUCUUCGACGAGACGCAGGGCUCGCCGAGAAUCGGUUUCGCCGCUCAGUAA